GCGUUGUAUCGCGAGAUUACCUUCCUGCUGUCUAGUACAGCACUAAAAACUGUCAGUGAGGUUAGAGGGGGUAAGAAUUUCUCAAAUCGGCGACUGCCGUUCAAACAGCGGUGUGAAUGUUCAAAUCUGUGCUUUGGUGUUAUUACAAACGUAACGUGUGACACUGAGGAGAAAAACGGCAGCGUUCUCGUCCAAACUGUACAGGCCAACAGUCUCUGAACUAGAUCAAACAGUGCUGUAACACAGCGAGCAAAUGGCGUUGAAAAGAAUCCAAAAGGAGCUGACAGACCUACAGAGAGAUCCACCAGCUCAGUGUUCAGCAGGUCCAGUCGGAGAGGACUUGUUUCACUGGCAGGCAACAAUAAUGGGGCCGAAUGACAGUCCAUAUCAAGGAGGGGUUUUCUUCCUUACGAUUCAUUUCCCAACAGACUACCCCUUUAAACCACCAAAGGUCGCAUUCACAACAAAAAUCUACCACCCCAAUAUUAACAGUAACGGAAGUAUUUGUCUGGACAUCCUGCGAUCUCAGUGGUCACCUGCACUUACUGUAUCUAAAGUCUUGUUGUCCAUCUGCUCCCUGUUAUGUGACCCGAACCCAGAUGACCCACUGGUACCUGAGAUCGCACAUACAUAUAAAGCAGACAGAGAAAAGUACAACAGACUAGCGAGAGAAUGGACGCAAAAGUACGCCAUGUGAGAGUGCCUGCCACUAAAACACUACAAAAUCAAACGGACAGAGAAACCUGUUUUUACUUUGAACAAGAGGAGUCAAAAGAAGUGAAUGUUGAGGGGAGGGGACGUCUAAACACCAGACCCUGGAAAGGGAAGCAGAAGGCGGAGGUGAGGAGGUGAGAGCCGCUGGUACACGUUGGCCGCUAUGUGCUGAAUCCGCUGUCAUGUGCCGUUCUCCCAGAUCCGCCAUCACAACGGCUUAGCCUGGAAAACUCCAGGAAAACUGUAAAACCGGACAAACCUCGGGGUACCACAACCCAGGAAGUUAGACUUGUACUACUGUUAGUUCUCUUAUUACUGUCAUUGUGAUUUUCUCAGUGUUACUGUUGGCGUUCUUACUCUUGUCAUCACUGAAUGAGGAAACGUUGGGCUGAAGUUGGAAUGGCGGCGCGACAGGAUUGAUCAUGUCUGAACCAUCGUACCGUCCCAUCGGAGUCCCUGUGGAAACCGUAGUUGUCUGUGCACUUUCAUUUUUAACAGUUUGAGACAGAAUGUAAAAAAAUCAAGCGUCAGAAAGACCUUACUGUUGUCUCCGCCUUCCAACUUCCUGCCGUUUCAGUGUUAUCCCAUAAAACACUACGAAUGUGAUUUAGGAAAAGUUUGUGUCCCUAAUGAGAAAAUGUGAUUUUGAUUUUUGAACAAAUGGAGGUCAUAAAAAUAGUCAAGUGAGUCUAUAUCUUUGCGCUAUAAAAAAAAAACAAAAAAAAAACAUAACACCAUGUCCUAACAAUGCAAUGAGAUUCCAGCGACAAUCGGCCCCUGUACCCUCAUUCACUAUUCCCUACGUUACUUCACUAAUACAGUCCACUUUCAGGAGUGAAUGAAAACAAGUGUGCGAAUUUGGACACCGAGUACACUGUUGAGUACACUGUUGAGUGUACAUCGGUUGUACACUAGUUAUAGCAGUGCAUCGUGGGAUUGAAUGAGUGAGCUCAAUAAUGUCCACUUUGGUUUUGGACACCACUACAAAUAGUGAACUUUUAAGGGUAUAGGGGGCGAUUUCGGACACAGACAAGCAAGAUGUGACAAAAUCAGAAAAUCACAAAUCGCAGCCAAUCAGAUGAGUGUGUGGGCGGAGCUCUCUCUGAAAGCUCACUGCUCUCUCACUGUGCAAUAAAUAAAAAUUUAAUUUCAUUCAAAUUAACAGUUUGAACAAUCUUUAAAAUGUAUCAGUGACUGAUGCAAUUUUGUCAUUUUGUUGUGAAAUACACUUGUUUGAUCUGUUUGAACGUUCUUGUGUAUUUAAGAUCUGAGGUAAAUUAUCCAUUGUCGCUUUCAUUAUGGCGUUAAAUUCAUACCAAAAUGACAACACAAAUGAAAUUUUAAUAUUGUACAAAACACAUACGUUCCUGAGAUAGGUCUAAUCAUUGUCAGCAACGGGGUAGCAGAAAUUGAAAAAUAAAUUUUAAAAAAAUUAAUCGAAUCACCUGUUGCUCAUCGCUUGUCGCCAUCACUGUUGAUUAGGACAAAAAGCAAAAUGGAAAACAAACCUUUUAUCUUGUGUCGUGUUGCAUUGCAUCUCAUUAGGACACAGUGUUAUUUUUAUUUAUUAGACAUAAAAAUGUUGUAAUUUUUAUUUGGUUAUAAUCAUAUCUCCUUUUGACAUAUUCUUUAUUUAACCUUGAGUGUCGUUUUCAGAAUUAAGCUGGCCGUUCACACAAGACAUGCUCUUGCUUUCCAUUCGCGCUGUAUUUUUAAUGUUGCUCUGUGUAAACAUGCACUAGACGGACGUUUUUUUCAAACACUAUUUUGUUUAUUGUUUGAUGCGCAGUGUUGACUUUAAAAGAAUGGACCACUCAGAUUGCUCUGGGGGCACGUUAACCAUAUUUACUGUACAUAUGGAUAAACACAUUGUCCAACAAGUGUACAUUGAAAGCUCCAUCAACCUGUUUUUAACGCAAAAACGCGUCUUAUGCGAACGGCCACUGAAUUGAAUUCACCUCAGCCGCAUGUGCAUGAUAUGGCAGAUGUGUAAGUAUUUGUUUUGAUAAGUAUUGUGAAGUUGCUUUAGGAAUCAAGGCAGAUUUUUAUACUUGUCUUAAAAAUUCACCCAAUUUGCUUGCAGAAAAAAGAGGGAGCAAAAAAGCUGAACGGUGGGACUGUGUGGAAAAAAAACUAACAAAUGCCACCAUUUCUGCCAAAUGUGAUUAUGCCCCUUUCAGAUUUGCAGGCUGUGGGCACGUCAUAGCGUAUGAAUGCAAUAUUUUUCGGCUGUUUAGCAUUUAUCUAUUCUACAAAUCUGUCUUCAAGAGUGUAAUCCUUAAUAAUCUUUAGAUACUCUUGUUCCUGUAGUCACUAAUAGUACUAAUUUUUGACAGAGUAGAUGGUACGUUUGAUGUAUGACCAGCGCAGGUGCUGGACUCAAGUUCUUUUACUGUAAAUUAAUUUUUGUAAAUGCACUCAUUAACUCGUGGCUGCCUAUUUAGAGGUGGAUGAUCAAGAUGUUUACACGGAGCAGAAUGAAAAAAUAUUUCUUCACCCGUCUGAACUGGAGCUCGGGGGUUGGGAAGGCGCUUCUCAAACGCUUUCCGUCGGGAAAGAAGUGUGAACAUCUCCUCACUCUCACCUCCUGGUGCUGCUCUUCACAAGCCCAUGGCUCAAGACUCCCUGAAAAGGGCUAAAUAUUGCCAGAAUUAUAUUUAGCACCAUAUAUGUGUACUUUCACCAAGAGAAUUGAUAUUUUGUGUCCGGUAUAGCUUUGGAUAUGCUUUUAAAGGGAUAGUUUACCCCAAAAUGUGAAUUCUGCAAUCAUUUACUCACUUUUCCCAACAGUGUUGAUCACUUUCUUCUGUAAAACACAAAAGGAAAACUUUUGGAGGUUGUUGUUCACGCGCUCCUGUUUUCCGUACAAUGAAAGCGGAUGGGGACCAUGAACUUUCAAGCUCUGAAUAAAAAGUGCCGUGAAAGUUUAUUCCGAACUAAAAUUUUAGUAAAUGUUUAUUUGAAAACGUUGCUAUUGUUGCUUGACAGCUGUGGUCACCAUUCACUUUCAUUGUGUGGAAGAGUGCAGCGUGAACAUACUUCAAAAUUUCUCCUUUUGUGUUUUACCGAAAAAAGUCAUCGGUUGGAUUUAGAAAACAUGAUGGUGUGUAAAUGAUAAUAGAAUUUUUCUUUUUUCUUUUAAAUUGAAUUGAAUGUAAAAUGUUAUGCCAACUUCUCCUAACUUUGAUUUAAAGACCGACGAUACCGUCUUCGUAUCAGCAAAUUUUUCACUACUAAAUGUGGCUCACUGGUUGUGCAUCUGGAAGUAGAAUGUUUGUUUAAUUUAUUUAUUUAUUUGCUAUUUAUUUGUCGUCUUCCAGUCAUCAGCUCAAAUGCAGUCAGCCUGGAAUUACGAGUUGCUUCAUCUGAAGCAGCCGGUCAAGUUUUGAGAUUGUGCUAAGGCAGUAUAGCAUGCUUUGCACUCUGGUAGGUUACAACCUUUUUUCCGCAGCUAUUUGCAAGAUAUCAGGGAUCUUUUUUCCAUUCUCUCACCUCCCUCAAGACCCUCAAUAAAACCUUAGCCUUAACCAUCAAUGUAUAAGCAACUGUACUGUACUGUUUACUUUGUGUUUUAACUGUUGAUUGGUACUGUACUACUUUGUGUAUCACAUACACACGUACACAGAGCCAUAAUGACCUCUCCUGCUAACUGUUUGUGCUAGAAAACCCUUUCAUCUAACCAGCUCUCUCCUCAGACUCAGUACAGCUGAGACUAACCUCCAAGGUGUCAACUUUAGUGAAUAAAGCUCCUUUUGUCUAAUGCGUUCUCUUGGAUUUAUUCUUAGACAACAGCACAGACUUUCAGAAUUUACUCUUAAUCUACUGCACUGACUUAAUUCAAUUACAUUUUAAUGUCUAAUGGAGGAAUCUCUCUCUCUCUCACACACACACACACACACACAAAGUCAUAUUUUUACCCCAAGAUCAAAAUAUUUGUUAUUUUUCAUAAUGAAACAUGAAUCCUGUUCUGAGACAUUUAAGAUUUUGUUCAGUGUAAAAAAAAAUAAAAAAU